AUGCCCGAGACGGGCAAGAACCGGCUCGAAUGCCGGACCUGCCCGUACGAGUACGCCAUCAACGACCCGCUCUACAGCCGCCGCGAGUUCACCCGCAAGGAGAAGGAGGAUGUCUUUGGCGGCCCGGGCGCCUGGGACAACGCCCAGAAGACGAGCGCGCAGUGCCCCCAGGGCGGCUGCGACGGCGGCGAGGCCGCCUUCUUCCAGGUGCAGAUCCGCAGCGCCGAUGAGCCCAUGACCAGUUUCUUCAAGUGCAUGACUUGCGGGCACAGGUGGAGAGAAAACUAA